AAAUUCCACCAAUGUGAACAACAUACAACUAUCGAUAGUGUUUAGAAAUAUUCGAUACUGGCGGCAAAAUGAAACCAUCGAUAGUUCUUCAUCACUACUAUUAAAAACAAAACAAAAAAGUCGUAGCUGUUUAAUCACAGUUGCAUCUUCAUUUAUUUUUGAAGUUUAUUGCACUAAAUUAACGGGAGCAUGACGGAAACCGGGGGACGUGUUCUUACUGACGCGGAAAAGGCGCGCAUAGAACGUAAUCGCAUAAAAGCGCUACAUCUUAGGCAAGCUAAGUUGGUUGCACACCCAUAUCAAAAAAAAAACAUAAACAGUGUUGCCGGCGAAGAAUCCGUAAUUAAAGUACAAGGCGCUAAAUAUAUAGACAGCGGUGGUGGUUUUCUCUUGGAGCAAGCAGUCAUUCCAACUAGUGGACAGCCAAUUACAACCGGAGCUGCCAGCACAGAAAUCAAUAAAGUUUCAAAUGACGCUAUUUCAAUACCGAUCACCUUUGAGGAAUGUUUAGACUGCGGAGAUGCUUUUGUUGAAUCGUACCUAUUGAGUAAUUUCGGACAUUCAGUUUGUGACAAAUGUCGAGACCCAGAUGGUCGUCACUCGUUAAUUACGCGAACUGAAGCCAAAGCAGAGUACUUGCUUAAGGAUUGUGAUUUUGACAGACGUGAUCCGCCGUUGCGCUAUAUUAGCCGAAAGAACCCGCAUAAUGUGCGAUGGGGGGAAAUGAAACUUUAUCUUUUAAUGCAAGUGGAGAAACGUGCAAUGGAGGUUUGGGGUACAGAAGAGGAAUUGAGUCGUCAACACGAACUGCGAGAAGAACAGCGUGAAGUAACUAAAGUUAAAAAGUAUAAUAAGCAAAUGAAACAGUUGCGUAUGGAAAUGCGAAGUAGCUUGUUCACGAAGGAAACGAAAGCCACGCAUGAGCACGAAUUUGGACCCGACACUUACAAUGAAACUGAUGAUAAUUACACACAUACUUGCUUAAAAUGUCCUUAUACUGAAACCUACGAAAAAAUGUAAUUUCUAUGAAAAUAGUAUCUGGUUCAGAAUAGCCAUCGAAAAAUCAGAAUAAAAAUGAAGAACAUUUUACAUUGCUACACUAAGAUCAUA